GGCCUGAAGUGCAGUAGUCAGGUAUUUCCAGUCGAUGAUGAGCAGGUUCCUAGGUCCACCGAAAACCGGGUCGCCUUGUCUCUCCUUGUAAAUAGGUAAGUCCCGACGGUGGUGACAUUAGUGAAGUUACCUGAGGGAUAAACGGGAUCCCUACUGUGAGUGUAUAUACAGUGUACGUGUAGGAUCCAUGUUGAUCUUCAAUAACGUAUCGCGAGGAUCCUGCUAAGAUUUAUAAGAGCCCACGCCCGGGAUAGAUCAGCGAAUAUUUCUCUUUAACGUAAGAAGCGUUCUGGGAUCUUCCUGUCAAAAAGAUAAGUCCUCCCAUCCCGAAGAUACUGAACCUCGUCUCUCUGGAACCUGUCAGUCGCAAUCAGAAACUUCUCAAACAAAGUGCAUGAUGCCAUACUACAACAGUGGUCAUGGAUCUUCUUACAAUAAAGAUGGCGGAUCCAGCGGACCACCAAGCACUUCCGGUGGUGGGCCACCGGGAUCCGAGCCUACUUAUAUGAUGGAACACUUGGCUACUUUUACUGUGACAAAAGAAACUGGUAUAGUUUAUCCAGCUGAUGGGAUGCGACGUUUGCUACAGCUGGAGAAAAGCAAUGGCAUCUGGAGUCAGAAGAUGCAAUUGAGAUUGGAAAGAAAUUGGGUUCUUAUUAUGGACAACGAAACAGGAGCGGUCAUGGAAAGAUUCCCAGCUUCUUUGAUCCAGGAGCCCACAGCCUUCACUUCAAGGGAUCCCAUGGAAAUGUACAAUAAUAUUCUUGUCUUCACUGUGGCCGAUGAUAGCUCAUCCGGUCAGAGAGCUGAGAUGCACAUAUUUCAGUGUCAGAGUGUCUCAGCGCAGGACCUUGUGGAGGACCUCAAGAUGCUGCAGAUAGGUAAACUAGUUCCUGGAGGAGGAUCACCGCGUGGUCCGAGAGGACAGAUACCACCGCCUCCAGCGCUACCACCGCCAGAGCCACCUUUGAAUGGUGUCAACGUCCGGGAACAAGUGUCUGCCUUUAAUGCAGCAAAUACCGACGGUCGUGCAGACUUGUCCAGGGACGAGAACAACGACGAGGUCAGCUCUACGUCCUCGGAAAAGUACGAGAGAGACGUGACCAUCCUGAAUCACUGCUUCGACGACAUAGAGAAGUUCAUAGCACGUCUGCAGCACGCAGCAGCGGCGUCCCGGGAACUGGAGCGACGUCGAAGGAAUCGCAAGUCCAAGAAGCGUAAUCUCGGUGACGGGAUGCUGACGAUGCGAGCCAAACCGCCACCGGAAAUGGAGUUCAUUGAUAUAUUUCAAAAAUUCAAACUCUCCUUUAAUCUCUUGGCCAAGCUCAAAGCUCACAUUCACGAUCCCAACGCGCCGGAACUGGUCCACUUCCUGUUCACACCUCUGGCCCUUAUCGUAGAUGCUUCCCAUGAUACCAAUUAUGACCCCAAUCUCCCAAGCAAGGUCGUCUCGCCACUGUUAACCCGAGAAGCAGUUAACCUGUUAAUAAACUGUGUAACCAGUAAGGAGACGGAGCUCUGGCAUUCACUAGGAGAUACCUGGCUGAUACCUCGAGAUCAAUGGAAGGGUCACGUGCCACCUUAUCAUCCCAUAUUCAUGGAUGGCUGGUCACCAGAGUAUCCAAUACCGGAAGAGAGGGACCACGAUCAUCUGGCGUCCCUCCUGAAUGCUGACAAACAGAAACGUGAUGAGCAUCUACCGGAGCAGCAGCCGGAUCCUUACUACAAUCAUCGUGAGGUGGACGAGUCCCACUAUAGUAGCGACUAUCUGGAGUAUGAGAGCCGCGAGGAGCGUGGAGGUAACGAUUACUUCGACAGGAAUUACGGACCCGGUUCCUCCGAGAUUUAUUCUCGUGAGGAUAGAGAGAGGGUCGUAGAGCAGAGCCGUGCACACAGCGAUAUAUCUGUGGAUUCUAUAGAGAGAGGAGGUGGUGGAGGUGGUGGUGGUGGAGGCCCCAGAGGAGGAGGUCAGGGAAUGGAAAGGGCCCAGGAAGCAUGGCUGGACGAUCUACUUGCUAGACACGCCAAGGUCGUUCAGGUCACUUAUCCCAGGACUGCCAAUAACGACAAGGAACUCACUGUGGUCCGUGGCGAGUUCCUCGAGAUUUUGGAUGACACCAGAAAAUGGUGGAAGGCCAGGAACUCCAGGGGCCAGGUCGCUCACGUUCCACACACCAUCGUCACCCCACACACUGGACAGCAUCCUGCCGAUAAUGAUGUCUUUAACAAUCCUCUUUACACCAGUCGAUACCAGAGACAGGGUCACGGAUACAAUUAUGAGGACUCGGAAGUCGAGGGUGCCAAUACUAGUCCUGGACCGGAAGCAGCGCACAGACCUCACGCUAUUCCACCUCCAGCACCUGCUGAUUGGGUGCGAAAGGAGCGUCUCGGUAAAAAAGCAUCCUGUCUGCCGGUUUUGAAAAUUUUGUUGCCGCUUCUGGUCAGAAGGAAUUCGUACAUUAUGAGGCGUAAUCAAUUUGAGCUCUACGAUGAUCCUCGUCAGGAUAACAAUCUCUACUUCUACUGCGAUUCUAGCAUCUCCAGCGAGACGAAUAGCGACGACUUUCCUUAUUCCAUGACAGAGAGUCCACGUUCCAGCAAGACCCAAGAGUACGUGAACAGUAGUACCGGAAGCUCCAGUAGUCCAAGUACCAAUUCGAAUUCUAAGUCAGAACGUAAAUCGAAACAUGCACCUGCACCACCACCGCCACCGCCACCACCACCACCACCUCCGCUACCAAUGUCGGGGACACAGAAUAGUUCACCAGGAAGUAGCAAGACGGGAACCACCAAGAGCAACAAGUCUCACGGAGGCGGUAUGAACAGUCAAGAUCAAAUGCAAGAGGAGCUUAAAUACGUUUUGACUAUGUUUCGUGAGAAGAAAAGAAAUUUGGAUAUAGUGAAAACACCAGACGUUUACAUAGAUCAGCAUUCGAGUCCUCAUGAAGUCCAAAAUUGGCUUAAAGCCAAAAGUUUCACUGAGAGAGUCUGCAAACAGCUGAGAGGUAUGACUGGUUCAGAACUAUUUAGUCUGACAAAAAGACAACUGGAACAUUAUUGUGGUAUGACAGAAGGUAGACGAUUGGAUGGUCAAAUAACAUUAUCAAGAAAUGUAACAGGGUAUAAAACCACACGGUCUUCUGAAUUGAAACAAAUUCUGGAAAAGGCAAGGCAAAAGGCAGAAAAGGAAAGCGAUGACAAUAUUUUAGAUCCCUAAACUGGAAUCGCAUAGGUAAAGACAGAAAAGAAAUCAUGUUCCACAAAGCUGCGCAACAAACAAACACAAUUUGCAGAUAUACAGAAUGCAAAGAAACAAAUUGAGAAUGAGAUUAUAUCGAGUUCAAGAAUAUUACUCUAAUUUACCAGUGAAUUAACAUAGAAGAAUAAACAAGUUAGGAUAAUGUAUAUCUAAUGUGAACGAAGAACUUGUAUCCCAAUUAAUUAUGUUUUCAAUAUUUUCUCUGUCAUUCUU